GGGCACAAAGAGGGAAACCAACAAAUAUUCAGACUUCUUCCCAUUUCCUGCUUGCUUUCUCGUUCUCUCUCUUCAGCACGAGAGCUGACAGGCAAUGCUAUGGCGUUCUGCGAGGAUGAGACCUGGGAAAUAAUUCCACUUUAGUUUACUUUAUUCUUGCUGUCCCUCUUCGCCUCUUCUUGGAUGUUUGUUCUAUUUGUCUCUCCCUGCAUCCGCUUGUCACUCUGACAUGAUGGUGAACAGAUAGUUGACUGUCUGUCUCAUCACCAUGGGUGCCUGCCUCUGCAAUAGUCACAAAGGUCAGUGCCUAUUUCUAUCCAUCUGUCUUUCUGUCUGUCCAUCCCUUGCCCUGUCCUUCUCCUCCUUCCAGCCGUCUGUGUUGACUUACCUGACUUGGUGUACUUAAUAUUUGUGAAGAGCCUUGCAAUAUCAUAACAACUAUUUUAGGAAAAGAAAUCCUAUUUGAACUGGAAAUGGAUGUGCCUAAUGCAGUAGACACCCUGUAUGGCAGCCACCCUCCAUUCAGCGGCGGUAUGUCAGAGAAGAAAAGCAGCAGUGGUUAUGACAUUGGGGAGCUGGCAACUUCCUCACUGCUGGGACUACUGGUGACAGUCAAGGAGCAUAUCACCAAACCAACAGCCAUGGCCCAGGGACGUGUUGCACACCUUAUAGAGUGGAAGGACUGGGGGGCCGGGGGUGAAGGAGUGGGGACCAGAAGAGACUGGAGAAACUUUCAGGAAGAUGAGCAGCUUUAUUCCCACUUAACCGAUGAGAUCAAGGAAGCCCGCUUUGCUGCAGGAGUAGCAGAACAAUUUGCCUUAGCUGAAGCAGCAAUGAACAUCUGGCCCACGCACCAAGAUCCAGAACAGCCAUCCUCUAGCACAGAGCCUCUGCAAGACAGCAACUUCCUGUCUGACUUCCUGUUAAAUGGAGGAAGCGUUGGGCUCCCUCAGCAUCUGUACAACAUCCACAUACAGGCCAACAACAACUACAAUUCUGCCUCACCGGAGCCUCAACACACAGCCUAUUCAGUUUCCGCCAUGUCUUCCUCUCAGCCAGACAGUGAGCAACUGCGCUCGGAGAAUGGAAGGACUGGGCCUGUAGAUGCCCCCUCCAUGGUUUGGCACGCAGACAGCUGUUCACUAUCUGAAGAUGAGGUUUUUUACAACUAGGAUUUGGAUAAAAGGCACAGGAGGGGCAUUUGGUGAACACUCAUCAAAGCCUAAUAUGGAAACCAAAUUGAAGGCAUCUACUUGGACCAAUAACAAACAAAAAUCAUUUUAAUCUAAAAGGUUUUGUGUUUAUUGUUUGGGAGAGAAAUUAUCACACAGCAAGGACUUGCUAUCUGAGACUGAAUUCUAUUUUUAGAUCCCCAUUUCCAGAUACUGUGUACUUAAAACCACCUGUAGCCUUUAACUGCGACAACGUUAUUGUACCUGUCAACUUAUGUGAACCAUGGACUUGUAUGUGGAAUAAUACAUCAGAAUACAUCAAGAAUCACUUAGUUUACUUAUUGUGUACACUGUUCAGUUGUUGGACAAUGAGAGAUAUGAUGGACAACAUGGGUGCAGUUUUUACUCUGGAAAUUUUGAUUGAAGACAAUUUUCAACUGGAUGGACUAAAGAUAUACAUAGUAAGGUAAUCAGAAAACUGAACCACUAUGAAAUGUCUACCUUGAAAAAUCCUUAAUCCCCAGCAUGUGCUUUUAUUCACUUGUCGGCCUGCUGCUAUUUAAUCAAAUGUGACAACACUCUUUACACUAAUUGUGAAAUAGGACAAAACAGUAGGAAGAAAAUAGCUGGGAGCAACAGAUAAUUAAAUAACUGUCUGAAACAACAGAGAAGUGGUUUGCUCCAUCAUUAAAUCCGCUAUCAGCUAACAAUGCUAUCUCUAUCUCUCUAGACUUUAGCAUUAGGUGGCUGAAUAACAGUGUCCUUAGAGAUAUAUCUGGGUCAGUAAGAAUUGACAGCUACAGCAACAUGAAAUACAAAUACACAGUUAUAUACAGUGCCUUGAAAAUGUAUUUAAACCUGACGACCAAUUCUCUAAUUUUAGUGAAUUUUAAGUUGUAUACUAAAAUUUAAUAAUUUUUUUUUUCCCUACAAAUAUUUCCCAACAUAAAAACAAAGUCACCAUACAAUAAUUUGGAGUGACAAGUGUUUUCAAAUGAAAUAUUAAACAGAAUGAUAUUUCA